CUUGCUUCUUAUUAGCUUUAGCGUGGCAAAAUCAAAGACUCUUCCCAGUCAAACCUAAACCACGAAUUCCAUAUAUCAUUCGAAAGUAAACAUUUUAUUUACUUACACACACACACUCAUUUAUAACACCUUCUCCUGCCUCUUUCUCUGGACAUAAAAUUUCCCACUUCACACAAUCGCCUUCCUUAUAUAUGGACAUGAUUUUCUCUUCAUCUGUGGCUUUGUUGAAUGCUCGUAAUGGAAUUACUAGCCAAGUUGGAUUGUUUUGGCAGCAAACUAGAGCUCCUUUGAUUGUGCCAUUGUUAAGAAUAGUGUUGUUUGUGUGUUUGGCCUUAUCGUUUAUGUUAUUUGUGGAGAGGCUUUAUAUGGGCAUUGUUAUAGCUUUUAUAAAGUUGGUAAGGAGAAAACCAGAGAAAAAGUACAAAUGGGAGCCAAUGAAAAAGGAUGAUUUGGAGUUGGGAAAUUUUUCUUAUCCUGUGGUUUUAGUGCAAAUACCAAUGUACAAUGAAAAAGAGGUUUAUCAGUUAUCAAUUGGAGCUGCCUGUAGCCUUUCAUGGCCAGCAAAUAGAAUCUUUAUCCAAGUCCUUGAUGAUUCUACUGACCCUGCAAUUAAGGCUUUGGUGGAGCAAGAGUGCAGGAGAUGGGCAAGCAAAGGUAUUAACAUAAAGUAUGAGAUAAGAGACAAUAGGAAAGGGUAUAAAGCUGGAGCUCUCAGAGAAGGAAUGAAGCACAGUUAUGUGAACCUGUGUAGUCAUGUGGCCAUCUUUGAUGCUGAUUUUCAGCCCGAGCCUGAUUUCUUGGAGCGCACCAUCCCUUUUCUUGUACAUAACCCUGAUAUUGGACUCGUUCAAGCUCGUUGGGAAUUUGGCACUGCUGGAGUAUGGAGAAUGGCAGCUCUUAAUGAAGCAGGAGGAUGGAAAGACAGAACAACUGUUGAAGACAUGGAUUUAGCUGUCCGAGCCGGUCUCAAUGGCUGGAAAUUUGUCUAUGUUGGUGACCUUAAGGUGAAAAAUGAAUUGCCAAGUACUUUUAAGGCGUAUCGCUAUCAGCAACACAGAUGGUCUUGUGGACCUGCUAAUCUUUUCAGAAAAAUGGCCAAGGAAAUUGCAACUAAUAAGAAAGUCUCUGUAUGGAAGAAAUUUUAUCUGAUUUACAGCUUCUUCUUUGUCCGAAAGAUCAUAGCACACAUUGUGACGUUCGCCUUGUAUUGUGUUGUUAUGCCUGCAACCGUUUUCGUCCCUGAAGUGGAAGUGCCUAAAUGGGGAUCUAUUUAUAUUCCUUCAGCUAUUACUCUUCUCAAUGUACUUGGCUCUACAAGAUCAAUGUACUUGGUCGUUUAUUGGAUCCUAUUUGAGAAUGUAAUGUCCCUCCAUCGGACAAAAGCAACGUUCGUCGGCCUGUUUGAGUCAGGAAGAGUCAAUGAAUGGAUUGUGACAGAGAAAUUGGGAGAUGCUCUCAAGACAAAAAUGGGCUCAAAAGCAUCCAGAAAACUUCGUUUUCGAGUUGGAGAAAGGGUACAUGUUCUUGAGCUUUUUGUCGGAUUGCACCUCUUGUUUUGUGGGUGGUACGACUUUUCUUUUGGGAAGAGUAGGUUCUACGUAUACCUCUUCCUCCAAGCUGCAGCAUUUUUCGUUGUUGGAUUUGGCUAUGUUGGUGUGUUUGUUCCCAAUUCUUAGUCUGGAUUUGAACUUCUUUUUGGUAAAAAUUUAAGUUAUAUUGUAAAAUUAUGAUAAGUAGCAUCAAAUUCUUUUACAUCGAUGCGUAUAAGCAGCUAUGCGCCUGCUUUGAUUUAAUGUUCUUUUUGUUCUUUUGUCCUUUCUCCUGUAUAGUCAAUAAGCCAUAAGUGAAAUACCAAAAGGAUUGCUGGGUUUCUAAGUUCUAACCCAAAAUAA